CUAGUUGCGCACUGCACAGAGUCAUCCGAGCAUCGACAAAAAUGCUGCAGCCACAGACUUUCUAGACUCAGUUCCUCAGUUAUUUGGCUCUCUGCUCAAAAUAGUGCGACUGCCAACCUACAGCUACAACUACGCAAUGGAUGAAGAAGACCCCGCACAGGGUCCCGGAGUCGCCGAGGCAAAAAAAUUGGGGAAAGUAAAAUUCGGUACAGCUACGAAAGACGCAGUGAUAGCGAUAGGUACAGAAGCAGCAAAACCUUCUUUUCCUCUCCAUCCAGGUAGCCCUGCGGCUGCAGAGUCGUUGAAAAUGCAGCGAACUGGUGCGGAAACUACUGCCACAGCCUCAACAGAGAAGUCGAAAGCCGCGCUAGUCGACAGUCAGCAGUCAAACCGAAACGAAAGGCAGAAUAACGCCAAGUCGAUCCCUCAACCAGUUUCCAUCAAUGCUAACACCAUCCUCACUGCCGCAACGUCGGCAUCGGCGGCUGGUUCCAGCAUCGUCAUUCCCGUCGAAGGAGCACUAGGGGCGGACAUGGUGAAAAACUUACUGCGAGCUCAAAGCAGCAACAGCAGUGGCAGCAGCACCGCUCUGGCGCAGCUAAGCAGUGCUCUCAACAUCAGUUCACAACAGUCAGUCUCGGGCGGACCAGCACUGGCGGCAGCAGCAUCGGUAGCGCAGAGCCAUUCAGGACGUUUGAAUAUUCAUCAACAAAAGUCGCCUGGCGACACCCUUGAACAUUCAUCAGUCCUGAGCACGGGCACCGCUAGCGCUGCUUCACAUCAUGCUCACGCAGCAACAACGCCAGCGACAGAAGCAACGACGAUCGCAAGUACUGCCGAAGCAGCUACAAAUCCAGCAACGGCAUUUGCUACGCUUGUGGAGUCCGUUACUGCAGCGGCUGGUGGUGGUGGGAGCGCCGCUAGUAAUGUGCAAAGAGAAGUUCCUCCUGUCAACCUUGUGUUCCUAGUUUCGUCCACAGCGGACACGGCCUCGUUGGCCAACAUUCUAACGUUAGAUGGCACAAGCGGAAUAUCAUUUGCAGGCUUUGAGCAGCCUGUUCCAAUUACGAUCGCCCCAAACGCAGAAAAUGAACCAUUUCCGAAAGCAGCAAAAACUAACACACCACCACCAACAUCAGCUCAAUCAGUCGUGGCAGGGAAAACCUCCAUGACUGUAUCAACGCCUGAGCCCGAGCCUCAGCAACAUAUACUACCUGAAGCCAUAAAGGACCUGGAAGCCUUUGUUGAACAGUUCAAGGAGCGCCGGGCACAACUUGGCUACACUCAGACGAGAGUUGGAAAGGCCCUGGCUGAUAUUCAUGGCUCAAUGUUCAGCCAAACAACUGUGUGUCGCUUUGAAAAUAUGCAGCUCAGCUAUGCCAAUGCUCUCAAGCUGAAGCCGUUGAUCAAUACGUGGAUGCAAGAAGCAGAGCCAGUGCCAAAGUCGCGCGAGCGGAGAAAAAGCAGCGCGCAGUCGCCUGCAGUUACACCAACUGGUGAUCGACAGACGGCGGCAGCGACUCCUGCUCAAGAGCUGGCGACGACUAGCACAGGCAUCAUUGCCAGUACAGCCGCCACGCCGAUGGCAGCAGCUACCACAAUUGCUACUACUAGUGAUGGGACUGGUACCAGCAGCGUGUCUACUGCAAUGUCAGCGACAGCAGCAGCAGCAGCAGCAGUUGCAGCUAGUGGUAUUGGUAUCCUUGCAGGUAGUACAUCACAAACUACAUCGCCUUGUGCAGCUGAACUACAAACUGCCAGCUCUUCAGUCACGACACCAGCAGAAGCACCAACAAAGCGGCGAUCGAAAACUGGCAGUCACAGCCACCGUGCCUCAAUUUCCAAUGCGGCACGAGCUGUCCUGGAAGACCUGUUCAAAAAGUACCCGAAGCCGACCCCAAAACAGUUGGAGGAACUGUCGGCAGAGCUUGACCUGCCGAAAAGCACGGUGCGAAUCUGGUUCUGCAAUCGUCGUCAGCAUGGCAAUCGCAUGAAAUCUAUCAUGUUCAAGAAGGGCAUGUUGGGUUAAUCGAAAGUACAUUCGUUUACUUUCUUUCUCCCGUCUUGUAAGUGUGCUUCAAGAAAUUCGUACUGCUUUCAAAGGAAGACUUGCAUAUUCUAUUUUCCACAUUUCCGUUAAGGCAUGAAGCACAAAGCAAACUCAAGGCAGUGCAUAGUUAAGGAGGAGGACAGGAGUAGCUUCCAUUCUACAAGUAGAAACCAGCCACAUAUAUGCAGUGGUUCAGUACUGCACGUAGCACAUCAGUAUGGCUUUGUCUCGAAAAGACGUCCCUUCACGGGCACUCGUAUUCGUGAAGAUUAGUUGCAUGUGCGAGAGAUCAGGCUUACAAUGCAUGGUCGGCAUGAUAUUUGUUGUAAGGUUUUAUAUCAUUACAUGAAAGAAGUGGCUGCAGUGGAGCUUGCGCACCUUAAGAAACAUUUUGUAUCAUAUCUAAGGCACUAUCCUUCUGUGCUGUGUUCUGUGGUAGGUGUGAGCUUUGCUGCAUACAAAAUAAUGCGUUUCAGGUUACGACGAGUGAGCAUUGACAUAACGGUGACAUUCUAGUCCACACGCAUGGCAAUAUGGUCAUUCUUAGAACAGGCGUGCUUGGUGUAUCUCAGAAGCGCAGUGUUUUGCUAGCAUA